AGCCCCAAAAAUAGUAUGCUACGUACAGUUAAUAAUAUAAGAUCUUCAUUGCGAAGUGGGUUGAGUAACCUAAUAUUGAGCGCUAAUCGAAGUAUCACGACUAAAAACUGUAUUCCUUUGUCUACAUAUAACUGUCUACCACCGUGCCCCUGUCAUUCCCAUAAGACCGCAUCAUCUUAUGCCUCGCAACCUAAGUGUUCUGAACAUCUGGCGAAAAAGGAAACGAGAGUAUAUUUUCCCGCAUGCCCGUUCUGCCGUUGUCCGCAGCAACAUCUCUGCGAGGUCCCUUCGCCGUUUUGCCACUUUAACACUUGCCCUGUAUGUGGUAGUACCGCAGCUAACCCAAAAAACAACAAAACUAGUAAGUGUGGUCGUCGCAUAUGCCCUCCUCCAUGCAGCCUCCCCGGUCCUAUUCCAUACAAUCCAUGCUGCCCCACUCCGCCGCCCCAUAAAGGAGGCUACAAGAAAUACAGAAACAUUUUUAUCGUAAUGCUUCCAAUAAUUUUUUUACUAUCACUCUACGCUUUGGGAAACGAGCCGCCACACAAAAAAACCUGCCGUGAGUAUCCCUAUAUGCGACGAAGAACUAAACGUUUUCCAUGGGGAGACGGCAACAAAACCUUUUUCCAUAAUGAUCAUACAAAUUCUUUACCCGAGGAAUGUGAGCCUCCACCAUUGGUCUGCGAACCAGCUGUAGUACCAGAUAAACGUUGUUAACAUCCCGAACAAAAACACAGGAUUAUCGAAACAUAGUUGACCAAUAUAAUGGAGAUUUUGGAAAAAACCAAUAAGAUACUUCGAGUAAUAUUAAAUAGCAGAGAGCAGAGUUCAUUUUUUUAGUGUUUACUCCACAAAUUCUAGUGGAAACCGUUUUCACGAAUGCCCACUACUUCGCUUUUCCUAUCACAUUAUACGUAAAUUAAUUUGUUUUCUUUACAUAGUUUAUCGAGUUGAAAUUGUCAGUUUUCGACUCUCUUUAAAUGUUAGUAAAGUAGGAUUCAGUAUAGAAUGAGAAUGGAUUUGUAAUCGAAGGGGUAUUUAUAUGGGUGUCACGUCACUUACCCUGUAGGGAUUUUAAGAAAAAGAGCCUUAGGGAAAAGAGAAUGGCAUUUUGUAUACCGACAAGAGCAAAUUUCAUAUUGAAUAACGUGUCUGGUGUCGUUUUUGAAAUAUUUCUUUUUUACUUUUGCUCUACCAUACUCAAAUACGUAGCGCUCACUAAAUUUCAAAAACUGACUAAUUGUCGCACAAAAAAGCACACGGCGAAUAUUUAUAUGUUAUUGAGGCGCCAUCUGUUGAUACAGUAUUAAACGACGUAGUUGCAAAAUUUCACUAUUACAUUUGUGCUUUGUUUUAUUUAAGUUGUAUUUUACUUCUUCAAGGAUUAAAACAUUUUCAUGAAUAAAUAAAUGCAUUGUGUUUAAUAAUUAUAAUAAUCUUCAGCGUGUAAUUAAGAACGUUAAAAGAAAAGUUCUUGUCGGUGUGAAUCGUUGUGUGGUUUCUCUAGAAAGCUUCUUAUAUAAGCUUUUUUACACGACGUCAGUCGUGACAACCAUAAUAAUACUGUUCCAAAUACAUUAUGAUAAUGUUGGCGCAGAAGAUCGAUCCAAGUGCUGUCGACAUUAUAAUGAGUCUGUCACAUAUAAAGUUUAUUUAUACAAGGUUAUUUUUCGCAUAUGCCAGCUAUGUAGCAUUUGCUACAAAACCCUUUUUGCUACGUAAACCAUAACACUAAACGUUUAUCAGUGUAGACAAGUAAAAGACAUAAUAAGAAAAUAAACCUGUUUAACUGACAUUUCACGCCACUCGUAGAAGAAAGGUAUAAUUCUAUAUUGUUACUUUUCAAGACGGUCAAAAAAUAUUAUUAAUCGUAAUGUUUUUUUUUGCAAGUCGUAUUUCUAUAUAGCCUACUCUGAAACGUAAGUAAAAAUAUUAUCUAUGUGCCUAAUUUAUAACAAAAUUAAACUUCAGUAAAUUACACAAAACUCUAAGAAGCGUCGUACGCUUGUAUUUCACGAAUGAAAUAUCUCUAUUGCUCAAGAAUUUAGGAUUUUAUAUGCGUUGUAAUGUUACUUCAGUUUUUAAUUGAUAUUUACGAAUUUGUUUCUCAAGAAAGAAGCAUUUGACUAAACUUUUCCAACAUUAUAUCACUUUC